UGAAAAAAAGUGAACAUGUAAAGAGAAAAUAAUGUGAGAUAAACUAAGAGAAAGAAAGAAAGAAGGAAAGAAAGAAAUAGAAAAGAAACUGAUCUGGAAAUUAAGAACAAACAAACAAACAAACAAACGAACAAAAAACACCAACUUUAUUUAUUACAAGACAAAGAAAAAAAAAAGGAGAAAAAAGAAAAUCUGAGUGAGGAAAAAAAUAAAGAAGGAAAAGGAAAGAAAAGUGGAAUGGGAAAAAGUAACGAAGAGGAAGAGGAGGAGGAAGAAGAAAACAGCAACAACAACAACAACAACAACAACAACGUCACCACCACCACUACCACCACCACUACCCUAACAAAAAUAAAAACACAACUGUAAUUACACACACACACACACACACACACACACACACACACACACACACACACACACACACACACACACACACACACACACACACGAGCCUUUUAUCUAAACACCUCUAACUGGACCCUCUACACCCACCCAAAGCAUUCACCACUCACUUAACUAGUCAACGAAGGAUUAACCAUAAACAAACCUAACUAGUGAACGAAGGAUUAACUUAUAAUUAUAACACACCUAAAUGCUAACCUAACGAAACCUAACCUAAACAAACCUAAAUGCUAACCUAACCCAAACAAACUUAACCUAAAUGCUUUACCUAACUUGAAUGCCAGCUUAACUUAACUCCCCCAUCUCAUCUCACCUACGUAACCUAAACUAAUCCAAACCUCACCUAACCCAACGUAACUUAACCUAACGUCACCCAAUCCAACCCAACGUAACCUAACCUAACUUAACCUAACCCAACUUAACCUAACCCAACUUAACCUAACCUAACUUAACCUAACCUAACUUAACCUAACCUAACUUAACCUAACCUAACUUAACCUAACCUAACCUAACCUAACCUAACCUAACCUAACUUAACCUAACCUAACCUAACAUCACCUCACUCCCCUCACCCAACCCAACGUAACCUAAGCUAACCUAACCUAGAUGCUAUACAUAGGCUCACUUUUCAAGCAUCACAAUGGAGAGCUUGGAGUUUAAGCAGAAAUUAUUACACCCAGGCAUUGCUCCCUCUAUACACUGCCACACCUGCAAGCCACACGUGCCUAAACACACCUGUACUACCACUAACCCCUCUUCUUCCUUCCUGUCUGCUUCCCUUUCUUCGUAUUCUUCCUCGCCUUCCUCCACCACCUCUUCGUUACGUCUUCGCUCCAUCCCACACACACUGAGAUUCCCCGCUGCAGCACCAUCCGGCGAGUCACACAGCAAGCAUUGUGAGGAGCAGAAUGAAAAUGGGGAGCUGGUGAAGCUGAGUGAGGAGUCGUUAAUGCGACAACCUGAGGAGGUGUUUGAUAUCAUCUGUAAACUGGGAGAAGGGUCCUAUGGCAGCGUAUACAAGGCGCUUCAUAAGGAGUCGGGGCAGGUGCUGGCCAUCAAGCAGGUGCCCAUCGACACUGACCUGCAGGAGAUCAUCAAGGAGAUCUCCAUCAUGCAGCAGUGCGACUCCCACCAUGUUGUCAAGUACUAUGGCUCAUACUUCAAAGACUCAGACCUAUGGAUCGUCAUGGAGUACUGUGGGGCGGGAUCGGUGUCGGACAUCAUGAGGCUGCGCAAGAAGACCCUAACGGAGGAGGAGAUUGCCACGGUGGUUUAUGACACCCUGCGGGGCCUGGAGUACCUGCACCUGCGACGCAAGAUUCACCGCGACAUCAAAGCUGGCAACAUUCUCCUCAACACACAAGGACACGCAAAACUAGCGGACUUUGGAGUGGCAGGACAGCUGUCGGACACGAUGGCCAAGAGGAACACAGUCAUUGGCACACCAUUCUGGAUGGCGCCGGAGGUCAUCCAGGAAAUCGGCUAUGACUGCGUGGCGGACAUCUGGAGUUUAGGCAUCACGGCACUGGAGAUGGCGGAGGGCAAGCCACCGUAUGGGGACAUCCACCCCAUGCGUGCCAUCUUCAUGAUCCCCACCAAGCCACCCCCCUUCCGAGAGCCUGACCAGUGGCAGCCAGAGUUCAUUGACUUUGUAUCCAGAUGUUUAGUGAAGAACCCAGAGGAGCGAGCGACAGCCACAGAGUUACUACAGCACCCCUUCAUUCGAGGCGCGCAGCCCUCCAGCAUCUUGCGCACCAUGCUGGAAGAGGCCAUGGAGAUCCGGGAGAGCCAGAACGCCAACCGACAGAACCAAAUCAAGCACAUCACGGAGUCUGACGACGAUGAAGUGGACAGCAGCACAAUGGUGAGAUACAGUAGUGGUGACAGUGGCACCCUCAGACCCCUGCCCAGUGAUGGCACCCUCAAGGCACCUGUGGAUGACGGUGGCACUCUCAGGGCGCUGGGAGGAGGCACUGGCACUCUCAGCACAGACUUGGGCACCAUGGUGAUCAACUCAGACAAUGAGGAGGAGGACGAAGACUCCACCAUGAAAAGACACGACACAGCGCCAGGAGAGAGGGUAGACCGGCCUCUCUUUCUUGAUUAUUUUGACAAGAAGGAGCAGGAGAAGAAGGCGAGGAGCAAAGGAGUGAAGGACAGCAGUUCCUCCCCCCAGCAGGCUGUGUCCCCGCCACAGCAGUACGUAGGCACGGGCCGACCCAUUGUGUCCCAGCAGCACCCUGCCAUGCAGUCCUCGCAGAUGACAGUGGACGACAAGCACCUAGCACAGCAGCAGCAGGCACAUCUACUACAGCAAUCUGCACAGCCCAGCACCAUACAGCCACAGCAGCUGCAUCUAACCCAGCAGCAGCAACAGCAACAACUACAGCAGCAACAUGCACAGCAGAACACUCAGAAGUCACAGCAGCAAGUACAGCAGCAGCAGCAGCAGCAACAAGCACAGCAGCAGCAGCAGCAACUGCAGCAGCAGUACCCCACGGGUGAGGGCACCAUGGUGUACACCCCGGCGGUGGUGCACCCCCAGCCCAAGCCGCUGUCUGCUGAGGAGCGCAGGAAGUUUGAGAAUGACCUGCAGAGACAGCUGGUGCAAAUGAACAAUCCAGCUCACCACCGGCCCCCUGCCCGCGGCGUGGCGGCAGAGAACCAGCCGAAGUUCCAGCGUUCCUUCAUUGACGGAGACUUUGACUUUCUGAAGCACCUGACAUAUGAGGAGCUGCACCAGCGCAUGGCCACGCUGGACCAAGAGAUGGAGCGGGAGAUUGAUGAGCUGCGGCAGCGCUAUCAGGCCAAGCGGCAGCCCAUCCUGGAUGCCAUGGACCAGAAGCGAAAGAGACAGCAGAAUUUCUAGCACAUUAGUCGUGUACAUAGGAGGUGUUUUGCAGUGGUCGGCAUGGCACGCGCUGACUGAGAUGUGCCGCUGCCGCCAGCACACAGCACUGCCGUGGCAUGUGCUGCACUUGGAGCUGCUUCAGACUUUCUGGUGUGGAGGCAGAGAGGAAGGAAGGAAGGCCCUGGCUCAGUAACACAAGGAAGUGUUGACGCUGGGAACCAGUGCACCCCAAGCUGUGAGGGAGCCGUGAUUCACCUUGUGUCUGGCUGUGGCGAGGGUGCGUGUGUGUGUGUGAGUGUGUGCGGUGUGUGUCUGUGGCAGACUCGGCAAUGCCUCCAAUCCUGAGGGACUUCCCUGCUGCUCAACACUGCUUAGCUGGAGAGUGAGUCCUCUGUGGAGGGAGGGAGUCAGGAGGUGGGGAUUGGCGGGGCACAAGACAGGAUCCAGCGCCUCCCUGGCUGAGCACCAUCCUGCCCUGUGGAGGGACCCCAGUAUUACUAAAGACAGUGUGCUGCGCUGGGCUCACAGAUGUGCCUGCUUCUGGCUGGCCCUGAGAGACGGCAUUAUUUGAGGAGUGCUGGCACACCUGUCCCUUGGCACUGCUGCUGCAUAGCUGGCACUCACUGGCAGUGCAGGGCAAGAGGCAAGAUGUCUUAGUGAGUGUCGUAAUCAGUAUUUUCUCCCGGUGGAGGCUAAGUCUUGUCGGGAUGAUGCCGUCUUAGUAGUAAGCCAAGAAAGGCCACAUUAUAAUUUUAAGGGAAGUGGAAACAUUGGAACACGUAACCGAAUCAUCCUGAAUCACUACCGUCUGAUUGGACUUGCAUUUCUAAAUCUCAACACGAAAACGUUUUCAGUUCCUCAUCCAAGUUCCUGUUACUCGGUGGCCAGGGAAGACUCAUGGUCCACGCACACCAAGGCCAAACCCAAGUGUGCUGCCUGUGUGUGUGUGUGUGUGUGUGUGUGUGUGUGUGUGUGUGUGUGUGUGUGUGUGUGUGUGUUGGGGGCAGAUGCCUGCAGCCUCCCAGGUAUGAGACAGCUUUGGUGGUAGGCACCACCCAGCCAGCAUUUGGGUGUGGGUGUGUGAGCCUGGUGGUGUGAUGGGGCAGGCAGUGGAGGUGUUGCAGUGUUACAGGGGACUGAUUGCAUGUUACCUCUAGUCAGACAAAUAAUACAGAUCUUCCCAGCCCAGGUCACCGACUCGAGGGAAGUGCCGAGCUGUCGUAGCAGCCGUUGUGCUCCUCCCUCCUGUUGGUACAAGUGCCUCAGUCAGGGCUUGAAUCUUUGUGUUAUUUUAAGUCAGUGGGAAAGCUCGUAGGUUUUUCUUGUGUGCGUCUCGUCGGGAGGAGACGAGAGCGCUGAGCAGUCUGUGCAUCGACGGUCAGUGGUGUAGGUAGUGUGCCAGUCUGACCCUUCCCAAGUGGCGGCGGUGGCGUGUACGAAGGUUCUUUUCCAGUUGCCAUAACAAAACUAGAAUACGUAUAUCAAUUAGAACCCAAGUACCAAACCUCAGAUUAUUUUUGUAUCGACACAAAAUUCAUCGUGGUAGACACUCACUUAUUUUUCAUGACGCGCAGCAGCGGCAGCGGCGGCGAUAUCACUUGUUAAAAACUUCAGAAAUCAGGGAUCUUGUGACUGAAGCUUCAGAAUUACAUAUCUCAUAAUGGCUUCUUUUAGUGGAUCAAUCUUAGGCUUCCAGGAUUACUUUAUGCUUAGGAGGUGAGCGUUUGGUUGGCUCUGCCUGGAGUUGGGGCAGAGGGUGAAGGGGAAGGUGGGGUGGAACACAUGAACACUGGAGUGAUGUGGAGUGUGGCGGUUCAUUUUGUUGAGGUUUGAUCCUUUUGGUUAAAGCUUUGGAUGCUCCUUACCAUGGAAGGCAGAAGGAAUGCAACGCUGUGUUACUUGUUUGUUGUGUCCUGCUCUGCUGCCUCGUCUUGUCUUGUCUUGUCCUGCUGCUUCUGUUCUUCAUCCUGAGCCAUUUAUCAUCUCUCAUCGCUCCUAAAUGAAAGUAAUUAAUUAAAAGAAGAAUGUCUCAAAAACAAUAAUAUAAAAAGUUCAACAUAAGUAGUUUUUUCUCUUGUAUUGAAAUGUUACAUGAUAACUGAAAUUUGAUUUUUAUCUUUCCCCACAAUGAAAUCAAAAUGCUGAUGAAAUUUGUUUUAUGAAUAGUUUUCUUCAUUAUUCACUACAUAGUUAUGGAGAGAUGAUGGUAGCAGCUGCAGUGGCAGCAGCAGUAGCGGCAUUCCCUCUUUGUAUGUCAGUGUAUCACACUGUGCUUCAGGCGUGACCUGCGAUGGUGCCAUAACUACUACUGUGUUCCGAGACUCCAAGGCGCAGCAUGUGUGUGAUGGGAAAGGGACAGGGAAGGGAAAGUGUACAGCACAAAAUGAUGGAAUAACAAUAAUUAAAGGUCUGUGUUAUUUUAGUUCAGCCACCGUGAUAAUAGUUGUAAUAGAGAUGAAGGUAGGCUCCAGAGGUGUGGAGAGAGAGAGAGAGAGAGAGGGGGAGAGAGAGAGAGAGAGACAGAGAGAGAGAGAGAGAGAGAGAGAGAGAGAGAGAGAGAGAGAGAGAGAGAGAGAGGAGUGCAAAUACAGCAGAGAAUCUCAUGUGUUUUCCAUUGCUUUAUGUCCUAAAUCUUUUGGUACAGAAACACAAGAGUGGUCCUCAAUAUUCUACUCUUGUGUGGUGUUUACUUACAGUGUUUUGGAGGAUGGCGCAGCCUGCCUUGACGCCAUGUUACAUUAUGACGUACUAUACUGAUAGUUUUGUGUGCUUAAGUUAACACCUCAAGAAGUGUUAUAUCGGAUAAUCAAAGAGAAUGGGUCUGGUUGUCUUCACUCAGGCUAGUCUGUACGUUAGUAUGUGUGCCAAGACUUACCCUAUGUUGUUCCCUGCCUUCCUUAGUGUGUGUGUGUGUGUGUGUGUGUGAGAGAGAGAGAGAGAGAGAGAGAGAGAGAGAGAGUGUGUGUGUGUGUGUGUGUGUGUGUGUGUGUGUGUGUGUGUGUGUGUGUGUGUGUGUGUGUGUGUGUGUGUGUGUGUGUGUGUGUGCGUGCGUGCACACCAGGAUGUGUAUGCUCCUAACUAGACCUGUGUAGUGUGGACAGGUAAUGCACAGCAGUUUUGUUGUGUUAUUCCUCAGGGCUGUGGACUCACUACACAUCACCCCAACUCUCAUUCUGUCUGUUGGUUACAAGUCUCUCAGUUUGUAUCACCUCUGAUUCUGACUCCAGUGACCCAGUAUUGCUUCUGCUUCCAAUGCCUCGACUCCACAGCCCUGUUCUGCCCUGUUUCAUGUCUUGCUUUGGCAGGAACAUAGAAAAAAAAAAAGGAAAUGAGUGAAGGUUUUGUGCUGGAAGAUGAUUUGAAUAAUGGAAAAUAAUACAAAGGAAAGACAACAAAUGAAGAAAGGAUUCCUGUAAGAUAAGCUAUGUAGAAUCUUUGUAUAUGUGUAUAGAACUUUAUACUACUGUGAUGCAUGUGUCCCUCUUCCCUUCACUCCCAUCCUUCCUUCCCAUCACCCCUCCUGUGGCUCCGUCUCUCACUGCAAGUGGAGCGCAGACAGUGUGUCAUCAUUGCCCUUCACCGUGCCAGCCUCCACCCUGCUGGGAUGUUCAGGCGGCCGGUGGAGGAGUGGACCCAGAGUGAAGGAGUUGAAGCCAAAGAGUGUGUGUUGACUGUGGAUGAGAAGUGGCAAGAGGUGGAAGCUGAUGAAUGUUGAUGUCAACCGGCUGGUGGAGUGCCCAUAUCUAAUUUAAAGCAGACUCUUCUGUGUGUUUUACGUAUAUAUACAAACAUAUGUAUAUUUCUUUAUAUUAUUUGUAAUUUAUAAACAACCAGCAACAACAGCCAACCACGUUUUUAAUGUCAGUAGGAGUUAGUAGGGAAUUACCGACUAAUUUAGUGUUAGGUCAUUUCUAUUUAUUUGUGUAGGAUUAGUACUACUGUAUAGUUUGUGUUCCGUUUCUUCCAGCGCCAAAUGUUUGAGAAAUGUGUUCAGUGAUGCGUUUAGUGUUUGUCUGUGUUUGUUGUGAAUCUCCCAGUGUUGAGAAUCAGUCAGCCAGUCAGCCAGUCAGUCAGGCAGUCAGUGGAGGAGUAAGUUGUUCUGCAUGACACACACACACACACACACACACACACACACACACACACACACACACACACACACACACACACACACACACACACACACACACACACACACACACACACACACACACACACACACACACACUGUACAGGCCAGAGCCACACCCCCCUGUGGCCACACCUUCCCUCACUCCCUCCCAGAGUAACACAACACUUCCUGCCUCCCUCGUCUGCCUGCAGCACCUGGUCAAUAAACUUAUUUGCUCACAUUUCAGACAUUGUCACGUGUCUGUGGGUGGUGGAGUGCACCCUGCUUGUGUCAGGUGUGUGGAGGCUGCGUUGCCUCACCUGAGUCAGUGCCUAAAUGAGGUGGGUGUCCCGGCAGGUGAGGGAGGCAGGGAGGGCUUCAGGCUGGCAAAUGAUUAACCAUUUUCUGAGGGUUUUAGUAUAUUGCAUUUAUAAACAUUUACAAUUUUUUAAUAUAACCCAAUAACCAGAUUUUACUAAGCUGUUUACUUACUACCAGUGUCAAGGAGCAUUCCAGACUCGCAAUGCUUUAAGAUUAUCAACAUGCAUUCAUUAACUUUUCCUAAGCUAAGACUUAUGCUGCCACAAGAAGACUCAAGUCACAAGUAUGAGUGCUACAGACAACGCAGAGGCCAGCACUCAGCACUGAGGUGACAGCUGCUGGCUCUCUGCUCUGCUCUCACACCACACAAACCUUUAGACCAAUCCUAGAAAAUUUGUUAACUUUUGAGGCACAACAGUUUACAGGGGAGGUUUUGAGGGAUGUAAUUGCUGAAAAGGAUAAAGAAAAAGAUUUUGAAUUCAUAUGGGGAAGUAAUACAUGCUAGACACAUUUUCCCAGCUAAGUCAGUAGGAAACAAGCAGUAAGUCACACAUCUGCCAGGUGCUUCUGAGAGGUUGAAUAUUUUGGCUUCCAGUGUGCCCCAUGCAUCUCCCACUUGUCUCGGGAUGAAGCUACACUCCCUGUCCUUCCAUUCCUCUUCCUUGUCCUCCCCGAACCACUACACUCAUCUAGGGCUUACAGGGUGUCACAUAACUGCUAUGUGAUAUGUUUUUUGAUGACCUGAUGAAAUCUUAGGGAUCUCAUUUCCAAGUUAAUCCUCAUCAUAUCUUUGAGAAUUAAACCUUUUCCCAAAAAACCCAAACUGGUGUGUAACUUUUUCGGUACUUUUGGCGUCCCCCGUCUCGUAAAACACCCCACUCAACGUUAUACAAAUGUUAACAAAAUAGAGAUAUUUACUGUACCACUGCUAGUUUGAAAAUUGUACGUUAAGUGUUUAAAGUGAAAAACUAUGAUUUGUAUUUUCAAACAUUCCACCUCCUUACCUCGACUACUUUUACCAGGCUCUAGUGAAGGGUGUUUGGGUUUUCAAGGGUGCUCUCAUGAUCUUGGUAAUAGUUUAGUGUGGAUUCUACACCUCUGAUGGGGAAACAAAUGCCCACAGGAGCUCAACCAAUCGUCCCUUUGGCCUUGGACAAAUCCUGAUGAGAGGCGGAAGUGUUUGAGAAUACGAAUCUAUGUCGUUGGUUUUCGAGUUAUAAAGGUCGUCUUAGGGUGACCCAGCGGCUAGGUAUGUGUGUGUGGUGCCCCUCGUGUCCUCCCUGCCCCCCCCCAUCUCCCUCCCUCCUGCUGCACCACACCAUCACCAUCACCACCAUCAUCCCCUUCAAGCAAUACACAGUCAACACUACUGUAACCAUCCUGUGUAUAUAGCUACAGCUGUAACCUGACUGGGGCGUUCAUCCUGUAUCAUAAUAGCUGUAUAUUCUGUAUAAUGUUUGUACUACAACACUGUAUAGUUCUCUGUCUCUCUUUCCCUGUGUCUCACUCUUGUGUACAGGCCCCUUCCUCUCCUCAUACUUCAUAAUUCGUUCAGCUCCUUCAGAUUAGCGAGUGCGUGGCAUGCGUGGAGUGUGUUUGUAAGUGUGAAUGUGAACUGUGGUGCCUUGCAGUGAACGUGGCUGAUGACAUUGAUGAUUGAUGCAUUGUGGUCGGAACAACAACACUGUGAGCCUCCCUUACACCAACCCUUAGUGAGAUUCAAAAACAACAGCAACAUCAGUAAUAUUUUGUAGUGGCAUGGUGGUGGUCGCUGCCACGUAAGCCACAUCAGGGAGGGUGUGUCAAUCCAUAUCUCUUUCUGUGUGUCUUUGUCUCAUGGGGGAGUGUGUGUGUGUAUCUUGCGUUCAUUGCGAGUUAUUCAUGCCAAAGUUGUACUAACCAGCCCGCCCCUUCACAUUAAUUCACCCCCAGUCCCAUACAGUUUUAAUUGUGCAUUUUGUUUGCUGUUUUGUGGAAAUCAUACUUUUUUUACCUGAAUGAUUAAGACAUUUUAUUGAUCUCCUUUGUCAUUCCUUGAUAAGGAAAUCUUACUAUUUUUCUUUUUUUUUUUUUUGAAUUUUAGGGAAUUUUAUUUAUCUCUUCCUAAUCUUUUCCAGUUUUAAUACUGAUUUUUCUCUUGUCAUAAUUUGCUGGAAGCUUUUUUUUUUUAUUAAAGCACUUUUGUAUUCAGUUUUGCAGUCUUCAAUUUUACCCUCUUGCUUGUCAGUCUUUGGAGUAAAAUUUGACAUCUUCCCUUUGUAGUUGUAUUAAAAAAAUCAUCCUCCUUUAGACUCAGGUAUUGAGACCACAAGCAGUUAUUGUACCUAACAGAGAAUCAACAGAUCAGUGCGGACAGAAGAGAAAAACCAGGAGAGUGGCGAGACUGGAGUACAAAUAGUGUAUAUAUGACUAAAUCAUCCUAGACGUGUAAGUUUUUCUGUGCUGCCUAAUGUACCGUAGAGGUAAUAGUCAAAGUAGCAGUGGCAGUAGUAAUUACUGUAGCAGUGAUGUCAUUCUUCCAGGUGUUAGUAAUUACACUACAUUCAUUACUUGUACACUACAGGUGGCACUUCAACUUCUGUAGCACCUACUUAACACUACUUAAAUAGCUUACUACUACCAUUUUCAUCUACCACCACCACUACUACUACUACUACUACUACUAUGAUUACUACUACUACUAAUGCCUUUCAUAGUAAGAGGUGACAACUCUGUGAGGGUGGGAGAGAGCUGGGCAGAGUGUAACAAGAGAAACCACAACACUAUAUAGUAGUUUGAACUCGGUAAAAAAUUGAAAUACAAAACAAUUCUAUCUAGUACUGAGAAUGCGGGAAGAAAAACAAAACAAUAAAACAAAACUCAAAACCUUGUGUGUUUGUGUGUUUGUGUGUAUGCAUGUUCAUUGACAGGCUUGUGAAUUGAGAGGAAGAGGAAGAGCAGGCAGCAGUUACAAGAUGAAGAGGAUGCUUGAGUGUCUAGGAGAGGAUUAGGUACAUGGCAAUUCCACAUGACAGACUUACAGCAUUGCAGAAGGGAGGGAGUCAGUCUGUGUGUGUAUUUUGCCAGUAGUAAUGUUUUAGACUGAUGUGGUGUGUGAUGUGUUGCUGCUGCUGUUAGGUGUGUGUGUGUGUGUGUGUGAAUGGGAUAGGUGAUGAGUGCUAUAUUUAACCUAUAGUGUAUUUUUGACUCUUACCAGUUACCAGUGUAGGUCUUGCAUUUCAAUACAGUUUCCCCUUCCCCCCAACAUGUGAAAUAACCAGACUUUUCAAAAAAAAAAAAAAAAAACUCAUCAGACUUUCAUCAAUCUCUCUCAGGGCAAGAACUGAUUUUACGAAUAUUCCUUUGACAACCCAAAACCGAUUGACUACAGAUUGUUAUUGUAAUAAAUAGAUAUAUAUACAUACAUACAAAUAUAUAUUAACAAAAAAAUGUCAAAAUCUACUAAUUUUUGUAACAUGUGUUGACAUUACCCCAACCGAGGUGAUGUGUGUUGCCUCCCCCAAGUCACCUAUGCAAUAAUGAACUAACGGACCUCGCCAGUGUGUCACCCCCACCUCACACCACACCGCUUGUCCUUGAGGAAAGCUGCUAGAGACCAUCACGUGGCAGUCCCUUUGUAAACUAUACCUUCUUAUACACCACCUAUCAUGCUACUGACUCAACACUGUGAAUGCAAAGUCUAUUCCAGUCAUCUACCACUCCAUUCUUACCUCAUUGCUAAUAAGACUGAAAACCUUAGCCACACCUAUUCAUAAAAAAUCGGUACAAGGUGUAAGAAGGCCUUGUCACCAUUGCAUCAGACACUUCAUCCUACAUUACAUCGCCUGUGUGGUCCCUCCCUGCCACUGCUGUGGGAGGCGAGGGUGGUGGUGUGGCUGUGAAUGCGGGGGUGACUCUCUGCUUGCGUGCCGUGACUCCGUACUUUUACUGCCCCAGGUCCCCUCCUCACACCCUAACCCUCUUGUGUGUUGGGUGCUCAGAUGCCCAAGAGUAUUUUGUAGAUCAUGUAAAAUAAAUAACAAUACAUA